GGUACAGGUCGAGUGAGUUUUUUGCAAAUGUAUACAAACCCCAACUUUCAAGAGGACUCGUUCUUCAACAAGUACUGCAAUGAACCUCCAACCUGGUUCGAAUUCAUGCUCGAUGGAACAGGAAUCAAGCUUCGGACUCACUUAGAAAACAAUUAUGAACCAUCAGCUUCAUGUCUGAUAUCCUCAUUCAUUGACAAAGCUUCCACCCAUAUAAGCAACACAGAAGGGGCAGUCAGGCAGUAUUCAAACACCCUCUGGAAUCUAGCCACAGAAACUGCAUCCUUUGUUGGGUGGAAACAUGAAAUACUGGAGGAGAUUCCCACUCCCAUUAGGCAAAAGCUAUUAUCGUACCUAGUCAAAGUCACAGUACCAGCAGAAGUGAGAGCACAAGACAUUUCUCAGCUUAACUUGGCAGCAAUUCCUAAACAAGGUCUCACUGCUCUAUUUUUAUACCAUCGCUGGAUUUGCAGUGCUUUUGUCCAUCUCCAUUUUUACGCUAAACAAUGUAAACAAGAUUUUGAGAUGCCAGGAUUUGUGCCAAAUGUCAAUUCCCUCCAAUUGAUUGAGCCAGAACUCUCACAUUCAAUGGAGUUUUUACAGAAAGUUGCUCAGAAUCCUACUGAUUUAAUCAUGCCUCAGGUAUUUGCUUUCAACAAAUUACCCAGAAGUAAGGAGGUAGUCAUCCCUGCUAACGUUGUUGCUGCACAAGCCCAUUUCGACUUAGGUGAACUGUUCUUUUACUACAGUACUUAUACAGAAGCAUACACGCACUUCAAAGAGGCUACCAAUCUGUACGAUCAAAGUAACGCUGAGUUCUUCUCCUUCUCUCACAAAAAAGUGCUCAGCUAUUUGGUUGGUCUCCAAUUCCUAACCGGUGCAGCAGACAUCUUAGAACACAAAUCUCUAGCUUCCAAACUGGAGCUCACCAAAGCCAGUAACUAUGAUGGAUGUGUAGAAAUACUCCUGAAAGAUAAUUACAUGAGAGAACUAAGUCUGUGCCACAGAAAGACUUUUGUGAGAGAGGUUCAUGAAUCCUGUCCUGAUCGUGGUCUACACAAACAAGCUUACCUGUGUAACAUCAUGUUGGAGGUGAUCAUGGGUAAGGGAACAUGUCAGCUAUUCUGGGAUAUGUUAAAGGGAGACAAGGAUCUGGUUUUGGACUUUGUGAUCUCUGCUACUGUUAUCUAUUUGGAAAAUGUUGUUUCUCAGUCGGCCAAAGAUAAUCUCAAGAUGUUUUUCUUGUCUGUCAUCUCUAAGAGAUACAUGAAGAAUAGAGUGAUUGACAUUGUGAACAGAAUUGGUGGUCAAUUGGACAUAAAGGUUCCCAAAAGUAGCACUCCAUUACAGAUAGAAAAGACAAAAAUGCUUCGUUACAGGAACGGAGAACUUGCUGAGUGUUAUGAUAAGUUAUCGUCAAGCUCAAGCUUCUCAGUCAUCAAGGACACAAUUUCCAGAAUCUGCCAGCUGCAACCUAACUUCCAUGUUCAGACAUUUUGUGACAGGAUUUUAAAAGAUGUUAGAAAGGUUGGAUUAUUUUUGCCUCUAGUUGAUGCUCUUGCUUGUCCCCGACCUUUGGCUCAUAUUCUCAGUUACAAGCUGGCUCAUCUGUAUCACUACAAGUCGUAUGAUAAAGCUUUGAAACUACUGAGGGAUAUCAAAGAAUAUCUCAAGACAGCUCAGUAUGCCGCUUUUAAGCGGGGCCACAACUCGAGGCCUCUAGACAAACUUGAAGUUAUAUUGAGUGCUUUUGUUCUCAAUCAUCAAGCAUUUGUAUCUCACCACAGAAUAAAACCAUCCGAAGAAUUUUUGGAGAAUGUAGAGUUGCUGAAUGUCGCCCACCACUCCAAUGCUGGAUCUCAAGCUGUUACCCUCGAAACAAGUAUUGCGUCUGCAGUGCUGUUGAAUCUCGACAAACAGCCGACAAUCCUCGAGAUUAAUGAUGGCUUUGACUUCAUUGCUGGUCAACUGUGGAGCUACAUCCAGAACAGUGACUUUGACCUUACAACAUUAUUCAAAUUCUUGUUGCCCAUGCAUCAAGCUAAGCCACCAGAGGGCUCUAUGACUAGGUCAAUGCUUCUUGAGUUUUGUUAUCAGAUAACGGAUGAGAUGACACUAGAACUAUUGAUUGCUAUUAUCGUCAAACUGUUUAAUGAUAGUGAGAAACCGGAAUGGCACAACUUUAAUUGUGAAAUCAUUACCAGAGGAUGGCCCAAACUUUCUAAAGAGGCUGACAUGAGUGCUUGCCUGUCAACUCUAACCAGACUACUGGACCACGCCCUCUCCGUGCAUCCCCACAAUCUGAAGCUACUGACACUCAACGCAAACUGUAAAAUGUACCUGGGAGAUAAUGAGAGUACAGUCAGACAACUCUUAUCUUGUGGAGCCCUUCUCUCUGACGGGUUCACCAACCUCGCGAUCUUAGACAGAUGGCUGGAAGCCAGUUUUUACAAUCUUGUCAAAGCUUGUAUGAAUAUAAACGCCCAUAUUGAGGUAGCUCUGCUGUGUUGUAUGAAGACCCCGCCAGACUAUGGCACCAGUUUUCAAGCUCUCAAACGAACUACUGACCACGACAGUCUCCACGUGUACUACCCCCUCUUCUGGGAUGUAAAUCUGCUGGAGUGCGCUAUUGCACAACAUCACAAACGAAAUGAGACUCUGUUACGAGACUUCGUUAUCGGGCUGAUGGGACAACCUGAAAUCAAUGAGAAUAAUCCACUCAUUCUGUUGAAACGGACAACUGAGGCUAAAAAAUGCGUUUUCUUAAGAACUCUAUUUUUUAAGUUUUUUGCAAAAUAAAUUGAUAAAUGGUUUUCAGACUUUGAGCAAUCAAUCAGAGAUUGAGCACUAUUCAAUGAAAUAACUAGUCGUACUCGUUUAUCUUAAUAUAUUAUAAAGUUUGUGAAAAUAUUUAUUGUAUUCAGGUCGAGAAAUAUAUUUCAGAAUAGAUCUCUUAAUUGACCAUCAAUAAUAAAAGGGCAAAAUGGUUGACGCUCAGAGAUUGACUUGAUACUCAAUUAAGGACCCUCAAUUAUGCACCACAAUGAAUUAUAUUAACACUGUAUGUAUACAGACCAGAUAUUGCUAAAUUUUCUAGCUCCGAUGAAACUGUUUUUAUUCGUUGUUAAAUUGUAGCAAACACUUAUAUUUCUUGAAAGAAGUUAUAAUAACAUGACGUCAUUAUUAUGACAUGUUUUUGUUCUUGCAAUUUAAAAAAGUUAGUAUACUUUAUAUA